AUGCCGAUCAACCAGCCGUCCGGCCAGAUCAAGCUGACCAAUGUGUCGCUGGUGAGACUGAAGAAGGGUAAGAAGCGGUUCGAGAUCGCCUGCUACCAGAACAAGGUGCAGGACUACAGGAAGGGCGUCGAGACCGACCUCGACGAGGUGCUGCAGAUCCACCAGGUGUUCGUCAACGUGUCCAAGGGCCUGGUGGCGUCCAAGGAGGAGCUGAAGACGUGUUUUGGCGACGCGGAGCCCGACGCGAUCAUCAAGGAGAUACUGACCAAGGGCGAGAUCCAGCUGUCUGAGCGCGAGCGUCAGCUGAUGCUGAACAAGAUCAACAACGAGCUGCUGACCAUCGUGAGUGCCAAGUGCAUCAACCCGCGCUCGAAGAAAAGAUAUCCUCCGACCAUGGUGCACAAGGCGCUGGUGGAGUUGAAGUUCAGUCCCGUGUUGAACAAGCCUGCGAAACUGCAGGCACUGGAGGCUAUAAAAUUGCUAAUCGCGACACAGAUUAUACCGAUAGCCAGGGCCAAGAUGAAGGUUAAGGUGUCUGUUGGCGCCGCGGACUGCGAGGCGAUCGAGCAGAUUCGGAAAUUGACCGCGAAUGCCCAGGGCGCGUCCGACGGUACCGUGUGGAGCUUUCUUGGCCUCAUCGAUCCGGUCAACUACAGGGAGCUGGUCGCUAUUUGCGACAAGAAGGGCUCUGUGCAAGUGAUAGAUAUGGCCGUCAUCGAUGACGCCGCUUGA